AUGAGAGAGUUUAAUGUGGUUGAUCCUUGGCGUUUCCUCAAUCCAGAUCUGCUCUCUUUCUUCGAUAAAAUUGACACUCCUACUCUGGACCAGAGCGUGGCGGGGGGAUUGGAGCGUCCUAUUACAGCAGGGCUGCGCGGAGGAAAGACAGCAACGGCGCGGUGGCUUUCUCAAGGCCGGACCAAGAGGGAGGCGGAGACCACACCAAAGGAUGAGCAUCCAGUCAGCGGGGAAAUAUUGGUGUCAUCCAACGACGUCCAAAUGGUGCUACAAGUGCAACGUAAUCAUGGGCUUCUGGUUCCAGACUUUACAGAGACCUACUACUCGGAAGACGGGCAGCAAGUGACCGUGAGCGAUCACAAUUACACGAACCACUGUUUUUACCACGGCCGUGUCAGAGGACAUCCUGAUUCCUCGGUAGCCGUCAGCACGUGUUCAGGAGUCAGGGGCCUGAUCUUGAACGAGACCGACACCUUCUACCUGGAGCCCAUCAGCACCGGGAACACUUCCCAACAUUUACUACUGAGUGCCGGGGAUCUGCCCAUUACGGCUGGAAACUGUGGCCACGGGCAUCAGACCACCGACAUCUUCAACCUGCUCAGACCGCUUCAUUCAAGGGUUAAGAGGAAUACCUUGGACACAACAAAGUACUUGGAGCUGUACAUUGUGGCAGACAACACACUGUUUAAACGGCAGAACAGGGACUUUGAGAAGACCAAGACAAGGAUAAUGGAAAUUGCCAAUUACGUGGAUAAGUUUUACAAGGCCUUGAACAUCCGUGUGCCUCUGAUUGGUCUGGAGGUUUGGACCGACAGAGAUCAGUGCAUCAUCAGCGAAGAGCCCAACGCCACGCUCUGGUCUUUCCUCCAGUGGAGGCAGAAGCUGAAAUCUCGCAAAAAACAUGACAACGCCCAGCUGCUCACGGGAGUGAUUUUCAAGGGGACUACGAUUGGGAUGGCCCCGUUGGAGGGAAUGUGCAGCCUGGAAAACUCUGGAGGCAUCAACGUGGACCACUCGGAGCUCUCCAUCGGUGCUGCCGCCACCAUGGCCCAUGAGAUCGGUCAUAACUUCGGUAUGAGCCACGACAACGACGGCUGCUGCGUGGAGGCCACGCCGGAGCAGGGAGGCUGCAUGAUGGCCGCGGCCACCGGGAAUCCGUUCCCGCGGGUCUUCAGCAGCUGCAGCAAGCGGGACCUGGCCGGCUACUUCCAGAAGGGAGGGGGCAUGUGUCUCUACAACAUGCCCGACAUGAAGGACCUGGUGGGGGGGAAGAAGUGUGGGAACGGCUUCGUGGAGGAAGGAGAGGAGUGCGACUGUGGAGAACCUGAGGAAUGCACCAACGACUGCUGCAACGCCAAUAACUGUACCCUAAGGGAGGGGGCGCAGUGUGCCCAUGGAGUUUGCUGCAAGAACUGUAAUUUGAAGCAGGCCGGCACCAUGUGCAGGGGCCCGGCGGGGGCCUGCGACCUGCCCGAGUACUGCACCGGAGCGUCUCCUUACUGUCCGUCCAACGUGUACCUGCUGGACGGCUCGUCCUGCCAGUACGGACUGGCCUACUGCUACAACGGCAUGUGCCUCACCCACCAGCAGCAGUGUCUGCAGCUCUGGGGCUACGGAGCUCGACCAGCCCAUGAUGCUUGCUUUGAAGAUGUCAAUGCUGCCGGAAAUGCGUUUGGCAACUGUGGGAAAGAUCAACUGGGCAACUACAUGAAGUGUGAGAAAAGCGAUGCCAAGUGUGGUAAGAUCCAGUGCCACAGCGCUGCCAAGAAGCCCAAAGGCACCAACGCCGUUUCCAUCGACACCACCAUCAAGACGGGCGGCAUCGAGGUGAAGUGCCGCGGCACGUACGUUUACAGCACGCAGGACGGCCAGGGAGACCUGCCCGACCCCGGCCUCGUCAUGACCGGCACCAAGUGUGGAGAGGGAAAGGUUUGCAGUGAUCGCAAAUGCCAGAAGGCUUCGUUCACCGAGCUGGAGACCUGCAUCGCCCGCUGUCAUGGCAACGGGGUGUGCAACAGCAACCAGAACUGUCACUGCAGCCGGGGUUGGGCUCCUCCCUUCUGUGAGAAACCUGGACUGGGCGGCAGCGUGGACAGUGGACCGGUGCAGGAUGACAGUCAGGCGGGGCUGGUGGUGGGGCUGCUGUUUGCCUUCCUGGUGGUCCUCCCUGCCGUGCUGCUGCUCUUCUACUGCUACAGAGUCAAGACCUCCUACUACCACAAGUGGCUUUCCCAGAGAGAGAAGAACAAAAAGCAGGCGUCAGCGGAUAAAGGGAAAAAUGGCCGGCUGAAUCCUCCCUUUCACCUGAAGGUGGUUGGACCCAUCAACAAAGCUGCUGGUCAGAAGGGGCUUCCUCACACCAGCAAAGAGGUGCUGCCUCUCAGACCGGGCCCGGUACCCAACGGCACCCAGCCGGUCAACAUCGUGCGGCCCCUGAGACCCGGCCCGCCCCCCCAGAGUGGUCUGAGACCCGGCCCGCCCCCCCAGGGCGGUCCCCGGGACCUCAAAGUGGGACGUCCAUCUUUACCGGCUAGUAAAGCUCCAACGGCCCCGCCCAAGUCCCCGUCAUCGCCACAGAGACUCAGCCCUCCCAGGAAACCGCUGCCCCUCAACCCAACACGCUCCCCACUGUUGGUGUCUGACGGGCGGUCCAGGUCGUCCCCCUUCCCCCCCCAGAAGCCCCUCCCCCUCAGCCCGGCCAGAGGAGGCUCCACCAACCCGGGCCGGAGCUCCGGCUCCAAACCGUCCUCGUCCUCGGGCCUGUUGGUCAUGAUGCCCCCGGCCGUCGGACCUAAACCUGUGGUUAAAGUCUCAGCAAUCCCCCCUCUCAGAGUCCUCAGACCGGUCCCAGGUGCCAAACCAAACACAGCUUCGCCUUCACCACGAAAAUGACCUUGAUCUUCUGAGGAGGGAGCGGCACAACAGCCUAUUAUUUGCACUAAAGAGACUUCAGCUGGUGAACAACACUGCUGUCACAACUACCAGAGGACAAAAUUAAAACCCGAGACACGAAGAAACAAGCGGGAGUCGCCACUUAGGACUGAAGAUGAAACCUUAGCCAACUCCUCACUCCUCAUUUCUGUCCCUUCCUGUUCCCUAGUGGACUAACUUUGACCACGAUGACGAUGCGGUGUUGCCACGGAGACCUCGCAGACCGAGACAAGUGUUCGCACCGGAGUACGUUACGUUACGUUUGACAAAUCUGUUUUUGAUAGUUUUUUUUAUCUGUUAAUUACGGAAGAGUAUUAGGGCCAGGCAGGAAAAAAAAUAAAAAUAAUAUUUUAGAGGAGCAAGAUUUUUUUUCAUUAUGCACUUCGCGAAAAAAGUCGAAAUGUUGAGAUUAAUGUUGAAAUACAAGUUGAAAUACAAUUUUGUGAAUAAAGUCGAAAUUGUACAUUUCUCGACAUUUCGACUUUUUUCUCGACUUUUCGACUUUUUUCUCAACAUUUCGAC